AUGGACCCACCCAAGUCAAGAGUUUCAGAGGUCGAAGAUGCAAAACCAUCGCCCCUCGAUCGACAUGGCGACCUCGCGCAUCAGCAGAAAUUGACACGGAAGGUGUUGUGGAAGCUGGAUAUACAUAUUCUUCCUAUUCUAGCACUGCUUUUCCUCAUGUCAUUUUUGGACAGAACCAAUGUCGGUAAUGCGAAGAUUCUCGGUUUAGAAGCGGACCUUUCUAUCACAGAUCAUCAGUAUGAUAUCGGCUUGGCUGUGUUCUAUCUCACCUACAUUUGCAGCGAGCUGCCGAGUAAUCUGGUGCUCAAGAAAGCAUCGCCGAAGAUUUGGCUGCCGUUCUUGACGGCGAUUUGGGGCAUCAUUACCAUGUGUCUAGGAUUUGUGCAGAAUUUUGCUGGUUUCGUCGUCGUCCGGGCUUUAUUGGGCAUUGCGGAGGGGGGUCUUCUCCCUGGCAUGGUCUUGUAUUUAUCUUCUUUCUACAGACGGGGCGAUUUGGCUCUGCGGAUUGGAUUGUUCUACACCGCUGCUUCCCUGUCAGGCGCAUUUGGAGGGCUUCUCGCUCGCGGACUGGCCGAAAUUGGGCCUCGAGGGGGUAUAGAAGGUUGGCGCUGGAUCUUGAUUAUCGAGGGACUUUUGACAUUUGUCUCUGGAGUGUUUAGUUUCUUCGUCCUUCCAAAUAGCUUGGAGUCUGCAUCUUUCUUGACGGUGGAGGAAAAGGAAUUCGGAGGGAAAAGGCUGAUGCUUGAUAGCCCCGGAUCCCUAGAUUGCUUGACGCCUGAGGCAGAAUCGUUCAAAUGGUCCGAAGUACGUCGAGGUGUGCUGGAUCUACAAGUGUGGCUCUCUGCCUCGGCGUAUUUUGCCAUUCUCUCUGGACUAUACUCUUUUGGCUUGUUUUUGCCGACGAUUAUCAAAAACCUCGGUUUCGCCAAAGAUGCAAACGAGGUUCAGUUGUGGUCUGUGAUACCUUAUGCUGUCGCAGCCGUGCUCACAGUCGUCGUUGCCAUAAUCUCCGACCGUCUCCGUCUCCGAGGCGUGGUGAUGCUCUUCACGCUGCCAAUCGCUAUCAUUGGAUAUGCAGCCAUCGCCAAUAUUGACUCCCCUCGCGUCCAAUAUGGCAUGACCUUCCUUAUGGCAACUGGUCAAUACGCCAGUGUACCGUGCAUCCUGGUCUGGUUAUCGAACAACUCUGCGGGACAUUAUAAAAGAGCCACUACAUCAGCGCUGCAGCUGGCAAUUGCAAAUGCUGGAGGAUUUGUUUCGACUUUCAACUAUCCAUCUCGAAAUGGGCCCCUCUUUCACCGUGGACAUACCAUUAUCCUUGGGUUGCUGGUGUUUGCAUGGUUUAUGAUUCUAUUUAACGUGCUCUACUGCGCGAAGAUCAACCGAGACAAAAGGAGGGGUAAGUACGAUCAAUACGCGGGGUACAACGAUGAUCGUAACCCAGACUUUAUGAUGGUGUUAUGA